AUGGCGAAACAAAACCCCGACAUCGAGGCUACCGACCCGGACGUCUCGCUGUCUGGCAACAGCAGCAAGUCCGAUCUCAACUCGGCCUACCACACCGAGCAUGCCGCCCCCGCGGGCUACCAGUCUCACACCGCCCGCCAGGCCUCCGUCGCGGCGAAGCUGCGGAACCCCCUUGCGGGGCUCUCGGAGCAGCAAGUCAUUGCUGACGUCGACGCGUGGUGUGUCGAGAAGGGCCUUGUCGAGCACCAGGAUGCGUUCCGCAAGGGCGCGCUGAUCGCGCGCAUGGGCCAGCGCGACGACGGGUACGAGUACGUCGGGCAGCUGAGCGAAGAGGAAAAGGCCAUCUUCCGGAAAGAGCAGGCAAGCCGCUGGUCGCAGCCGUUCAUGCUGUACUUUCUCGUAGUGCUGUGCGCAGGCUCCGCGAUUGUGCAGGGCAUGGACCAGACUGCUGUGAAUGGCGCGCAGCUGUUCUACUUCACUGAAUUCGGCAUCACGGACGUCUGGCUCCAGGGUCUGCUCAACGGUGCGCCGUAUUUGUGCUCGGCGCUCAUCGGGUGCUGGAGCAAUGCGCCGCUGAACUACUACUUUGGUCGUCGUGGAACGAUUUUCAUCUCCUGCAUCAUCUCGUUCAUCACUGGCAUCUGGAUGGCUGCAGCGAACAACUGGAUCAACCUUCUGUUCGCGCGAUUUGCACUGGGUUUCGCCGUGGGUGCGAAGUCUUCCACUACGCCUGUCUACGCUGCCGAAUCGGCACCGAAGAACAUCAGAGGCGCACUGACUAUGAUGUGGCAAAUGUGGACUGCCUUCGGCAUCAUGUUGGGGUUUGUCGUCUCCGUCGCCUUCCAGCACACCACCGUCCUCGGCGAAGGCUCCCAGUGGCGCUGGAUGCUGGCCAGCACCUCGAUUCCCCCGCUCAUCGUGUGUCUGCAGGUGUACUUCUGCCCGGAGUCGCCCCGAUGGUACAUGGAGAAGGGCAAAUUCGAUAAAGCCUUCGACGCCCUGUGCCGCUUGCGCAAUCACAAGAUCCAGGCCACGCGCGACAUGUACUACGCGUACAAGCUGCUUGAAGUCGAACAGGCCGAGCGUGCGGGCAGGUCGCUGUGGAAGGAGUUCUUCACCGUGCGCCGCAACCGCCGCGCCGCGCAGUCGUCCUUCUUCGUCAUGUUCAUGCAGCAGUUCUGCGGUGUCAACGUUAUCGCAUACUACUCCUCCUCCAUCUUCGAACAAGCCGGCUUCUCCCGCUCCGAGGCCCUGCUCACCAGCAUGGGCACCGGCAUAACCAACUUCCUCUUCGCGAUCCCGGCCAUCUACACAAUCGACACCUUCGGCCGGCGCAACCUGCUGCUCACCACCUUCCCGCUGAUGGGCCUGUGCCUGCUGUGGUGCGGACUCUCCUUCUUCCUCCCCCAAGAACUCGUCGACGGCGAACUGCGCCCCACAACGCAACGCCUGGGCUCCAUCGCGGCCGCAAUCUACACCUUCAUGGCCGUGUACUCGCCCGGCGAGGGCCCCGUGCCGUUUACGUACAGCGCCGAGGCGUUCCCGCUGCACCUGCGCGACAUCGGCAUGUCGUUCGCGACCGCGACGUGCUGGGGCUUCAACUUCAUCCUGUCGCUGACGUGGCCCGCGCUCGUCGAGGCGUUUACCCCGCAGGGCGCGUUUGGCUGGUACGCUGCCUGGAACUUCUUCGGCUGGGUCUACUGCUACUUCCUGCUCCCCGAGACCAAGAAUCUGACGCUCGAGGAGCUGGAUACCGUGUUUGCGGUCGGGAAUCGCGAGUUCGCGGGGUACUAUACGAAGAAGCUGCCGUGGUAUUUGAAGAAGAAUGUGCUGAGGGCAGAUGUCGAGCCGUUUCCGCAGCUGUUUGAUCUGAACGAUGAUCCGAUUCCAGAGGGUGCGGUCAGGGGCGGGACAAGUACGCUGUUUGGCGAGAAGGCGCCCGUAGAUGGGGGCGCUGUGGAUGGUAUUGUGAGGUAA